CUUGGACGUACUCGGCUUACCUGUAUGCCGCUCCGUUGUCCUGGGCACCACUGCCUUGCAUGACCUCCGCCGUGGCGGCGCCAACAUCGCUGCUCCGGCCAGCGGUGAACCCCACCCACGCAGCAGCCAGAGCCUCCGUCCUGGCGCCGAGCAACAGGUCUCACCUUGGCAACCUCGAGCAUCUCUUCCGGAACCGCGGCGCCGUCGAGACCAGCGGGAGUGCUCCCGCGCCUCUGCAGCCGGUGCGGAGGAGGCGACAGGCGCCGCUUCUGCGGCUGCCGUCGUUCCUCAAGCGGGCCAGGGGCGAAACCGCAGCCGGUGAGGAGCAGGUGAACCUGUCACCGCGUCUGUUCCUGCCGGUGCCGCCCGAUGGGCCGUCACCGCGCGGAGACAUCGCGGCGGCGUGGCAGCGGCUGCACGGCGCGGACGGCUGGCGCGGCCUGCUCGACCCCCUGCACCCGGACCUCCGCCGCGAGAUCGUCCGCUACGGGGAGUUCGUCGACGCCGCGUACGGCGCGUUCCUCUCCCGCCCCGACGCCGCGCCGGGCGACGCUGAGGCCGUGCGCGUCCCGCUCCAGGACGCGGCCUACCGCGUCACGGCGCCGCUCUUCGCCACCUCGUCCGUGGGCCUCCCGACCUUGCUCGCGCUCGCCGCGCCGUGCGCCGCGCAGCGCACGAGCCUCGUCGGCUACGUGGCCGUGUGCGAGGACCAAGACGAGGUCCGCCGCAUGGGCCGCCGGGAUAUCGUCAUCGCGCUACGUGGCACCUGCACGGUCCUCGAGUGGGCCGAGAACUUCCGAGCCGGCCUUGUCCCGGCCACCGACGCAGCCGCAGCCUCGACGGGCGAUGCCUCCGCCGCGAAGGUGGAAUGUGGGUUCUGGAACCUCUAUAAGACCGCCGGCGACGGCUCGCCGAGCUUGUCGGAGAUGGUCGUAUCCGAAGUACGCAGGCUACUAAAAAAGUACGAGGGCGAGGAGGUGAGCAUCACGGUAACGGGGCACAGCCUGGGGGCUGCGCUGGCGGUGCUGAUCGCCGACGAGCUCGCUGGCAACGGUGGGGCGCCGACUCCGGUGGCGGUGUUCUCUUUCGGCGGGCCGCGGGUCGGGAACCGCGCGUUCGCGGAGCGCGUGGAGGCACGGGGCGCGCGCGUGCUCCGCGUGGUUAACACGCACGACGUCGUGCCGCACCUCCCGCCACGCCCCGGCGGCCGGUGGUACGCCGACGUCGGCCGCGAGCUCCGCCUGGACAGCCGCGCGUCCCCGUACCUCCGUCCGGACGCGGACGCCGGGUGCUGCCACGACCUGGAGGCGUACAUCCACCUCGUCGAUGGCUUCCUCGGCUCGCACUGCCCCUUCCGCGCCAACGCCAAGCGCAGCAUCCUGCGGCUGCUCAAGAACCAGGGCGCUAACGUGAAGCAGCUCUACAUCAGCAAGGCGGUGGACAUGCGCGUCCGGCUCGACGCUGUUGACAUGCCCGGCUCGCCGCUCGGCCGUCUCAGCGCGCCGCCGAGCCCCGUGCUUGAGUGCGUGCACUGACGACGACGACUGACCGACGUCGGAGGAAAUGUCGGCGAUGGGUGUUAGUUUGGUCGUUUGUUCGCGGCGGGAAAAAGGGGUAGAAUAGUCGGUCUCAGGUUUUACCAAGUAAACAUGAUGAAGCAUUUCUUCGACCAGCGAACACAGAAUCGGUAUGGUACAUGAAGUCAGGAAGAAGACUUGCGCAGCAAAAGAUUUGUAGAUUAAUUGGUAUCAUCCGAUAGCUGUUUUAGUACAAAGUUAUACAGUACUAAUCAGCGAUAUUUAAUAUGGAUCGGAGAAAGUAUGUUUGUCUUGCGUGUGAAAAGGCGAUUCAUUAUAGAUUCCAUGCCAUGAGAUGGGUAAUACUUUCU